AUGGAUGAACUCUUGCAAAUGCUAGUGGUGUUUCUGCGCGCCCGUGUUCCGUCUACCUUUAGAGCAAGGCCGACAACCGAUACGCCUUUCUUCUUGCGGUGCUGUUCCAUAGCGGGUGGGUUAAAAAACUCGCUCUGCUCUUUCUCUGUACCGAAAGUUCCGCGCGAGACUCGAGCCUACGGCAGCGGACUCUUCGGCUUCGUUGUAAUUGACAAGCUAUCUCUCCUUGUGCGAAUACCUCGUGUCUACUUUUUCAAGAUGGGUGGUCAGGCCUCGAAGUGCCCUCGCGCCACCACGGAGAUUCUCAGGAGAGCUGGGGAAAACAUGAACACAAAAGGCUUGCCUGCGGUCCACACGGAGAUUGUCAUCCCCACCGCGAAGAGAGCAAAGAAAUUCUCCAUCUGUCGGUGCUGGAAAUCUUCGAAAUUCCCGUACUGCGACAACAUCCACCAGAAGCUGCAGAAGCAGGGUGUAAACGUUGGACCUGCAAUGCUGGAAAUCCGCGCCGCGCCUCCUGUCCAAUCUGUGGGAGCGUCUUCUUCGUUUCAACCUGGUGACUCUUAUUCCUCUUCUUCGACACAUUUUCUGAGAGAAAGUGGGACAGUUCCAGUCGACCGUACCGGCCUAGCGGCUCUCGUCGGCGGCAUCUCAGCUUCUGUCCUUGCCGGAGGUGCUCACUUUGCCGGUCUUAUUUGAGCUAGAAUUUCUGAGGAACAGAGUGGGAGGCAAAAAGUCUUCCUUUGAAGUCAAACUACAUGGAGACCUGUCGGAAAACCAUUCGACAGAGGAG